CCCCUUAGCCUGUGUCAGUGGGAAUGUUGAGGAAUGUACUAAUAACAUUUCCACUAGAGGCUCCUGAGUGAGACGGGAGGGCUGUGUGUGCUGCUGCUGCUGCUGCUGAUCUUUGGGGAAGACAUUCUCUGUAUUUGCAGAAGGGAAGGAUCUGGAAGAGAAGGGACGGAGUCGGGCAGAUUCCGCCAACCGAGAUCUCAAGCGAGCUGCACGUGCGCCCAAGGGAUCCUGACAUCGGAGCGGAGUAGAAUGAGAUUGUGGAGAAAAAUGGACAAGUGAUUGCAACAGGGAUCCCGACUACUGAGGCUUUCCACGGAUUACAAAAGUUCGACAAAUUCCAUUCUUUUGGAUUUCUAUAAUUUUAACUUUAUUUGACCUUUAAUGACGUUGGGAGGAGAAACAUGGCCUCCAGUCUGACCUGCGCUGGAGUAAUAUGGGCAAUACUAUCAUUCCUGUGUGCUGCAGCCUCUUGUGUUGGAUUCUUCAUGCCAUAUUGGCUGCUGGGUAGCCAGCUGGAUAAGCCAGUGUCGUUUGGAACCUUCCGUCGGUGCUCAUACCCCGUUAGGGAUGAAUCCCGCCAGACCACUUAUAUGGUGGAACAGUGUGGCCGCUAUGCGUCUUUCCAGGCAAUCCCAAGUCCUGAGUGGAGAAUCUGUACAGUAGUUACAGGACUUGGUUGUGGCCUUCUCCUUUUGGUUGCCCUGACAGCGAUGAUGGGAUGUUGUGUGUCUGAGCUCAUCUCUAGGACCGUGGGAAGAGUGGCCGGUGGGAUACAGUUUUUGGGAGGGUUGCUGAUUGGAGCUGGCUGUGCUUUGUAUCCUCUGGGGUGGGACAGUGAGGAAGUUCGGCAGGCGUGUGGGAACCUGUCAGAGCAGUUUGAACUGGGCACCUGUAGGUUUGGCUGGGCAUACUAUUGCACCGGAGGGGGAGCCGCAGUUGUCAUGCUGAUCUGCACCUGGUUGUCUUGUUUCUCAGGCAAGAAGCAAAAACAAUACCCUUACUAAUAUCUACCAGAAAAAAUAAGCGUGCUGGGCUAUCAAAGAAGGACUUGCAAGGAUCAGAAGGCUAGUUUGAGUAUGGUGCUUUGGCACUUACCAUCAUGAAGGUUGGAGUGAGCUUUUCACAUUUGCACAGUCCUCGCCAACGGACAUUCAUUCACAUGCACCAUAUUCAGAGGGCACAUUCUCUAGACUGUGGUUGGUUUCCUCCUGAGGAUCUCAAGCUGUUGAGAUGCCAGAAUUUAUAGCAUUUUGGUGGAAGGAACAGCGAUCUCACUUUUUUUUAUACUUCAAUGAAAGCACAAACCUACUGCAAGAAAGUAGCACAAAGCUGGGCUUUUACUGCUGCCUCCUUCAGCCUAGGAAUGUCCAACACGUAAAGCUCUAGCCGCUCUCCAAUAUGCAAACCUUCAGCUGUCCGAGCAGCAGCCGCGGCAUCACAGGUUGGACAUUUAGUCCCUUUAACACUAAUGGGGCCACCAUUCCUCCAGCACUCCGGGGCAAAUAUAGGCUCAGGUUGCCAAACCUAGUAAUGAAGAUUAGUGCAUGCUCCCAAUUGUUACUGCCCCUUUAGUAGGAAAGGGUAUAUUUCAGUAUUAUUCUAUUUUCUAUUGCUAUAAUAGCUUCUGUGAAAUAUUGUUUGGACCAUUCUGCAAAGUUUUAUUUUAUAAUUUCAUGUAUAUGUAUCUUGAGGUUAAUAUAUAUAUAACACCUCAGGAGCACAAAGGGCUCCAGUGUAUUAUGUUAAAGGGGAAGUAUGACCAUGUUCUUUUAUUAAAACGAGUUAUCUUCCAUCCCUUUCUUUAUGUGUGCACACAACAUCAUUUUCAAUUUGUACACAUAUUUGAAAGGAACUAAACAUCAAUGACCACUGCAGUUUAAAGCACAUUAAGACCGAUUUAGGUAAUAAUAGCAGCUAUAGAUAUGUGUAUAUAUAUAUAUAUACAGGCUUACCAUUCUGAUCAGUUUAAAUGGGGGCAAUGUAAUGUGUGCCAUAUACAUCAUUAAAGGAUUAGUAAACCUUUAAAAUAAGGGAAUUUAACAUUGAUGAGUGUGCUAUUCUAAGCACUUUUGUCAUUUACAUUGAUGAUUUAUUU